CGCGGCUGAGACGUUAGUUGCUCUCCGGAUGGGUGAAUGACUACACGUCCGCAUGGAAAUAUAACCCAUUUCGUACAGCUCUCGUGUGUAACGUAAUUUACUAAUUUUGUAUUAAUAAAAGAAAAAAUACAUGCAAAUUCCAGUCGUUUGAAAUAAUAGAUUGCUUCUGAUACAACGCAAUAAUUUCGAGGUCAAAAUAUCCAUUGCAGAGCUUCAUGACCAAGUAAAUGCCAAGGGCGAGACGCAGAGCUAUGAAAAGGUGAAUUUGUAUCAAAAUUUGUAGUAGAAAAUCAGUGACACUAUGGGCGUGAAGAUGUGUGUGAAAAUGCUGGUGUGCGCUGCGAUCCUGCUGGCCGUGCCGUCGACGAUCCAAGGAUUCAACGUUGGUGUUUCAGGUACAAAAUGUAAUUUGGAUCCAAGCAAAGGUGACAUAAAUGAUCCCUGUGCCAGACUGUAUGAUGGCGUGUGCAAAGGGAGGUACUGUGGCUGUCCCUCUGGUACCCAUGAAGACAAGAAUCUUGGGGUGUGUGUUCCUGGUGAAGAAUCAAAAACAGCUGGCGGAACACAGGCAGGGAGGCCUGGCAGUGCAUUUGACGACCUUCCGUUUGACUUCCCUGGUGGUGGUGGCGCCACAGGUGGCACAGCGCCCAAAGCACCUCCAGCUCCAGCUCCAGCACCACAGCCUCGUCCUCCUCCACCUCCACAACCUGGCUAUCCUGGGUCUAAUCAGCCUGGCUUCAACCCUAAUCAGCCUGGCUACAACCCCAAUCAGCCUGGCUACAACCCCAAUCAGCCAGGUUAUAAUCCUAAUCAGCCAGGUUACAACCCCAAUCAGCCAGGUUACAAUCCCAAUCAGCCUGGUUACAAUCCCAAUCGGCCUGGUUACAAUCCCAACCAGCCUGGCUACAACCCCAAUCAACGAGGUGGCCAGGGAACUACUAGAGGAGGUAGUGAUGUGGGUGAAAAGGCAGGAGGAGGCGUGGGCGGAGUGAUCGGUCUCCUCUUGAUUGGUGGUCUCAUCUACUUCUGCUGCUGCCGUGGAGGAAAGCAUAAGCAAGUUAUGAACAGGUUCCAAGGGCUGCCAUUCAUGCGUGGUGGCCAGGCAGGCGGCCAAGGACCAGUUGCUUUGCAGAGUCAGCCUGUGCAACAAGACCCUAACUUUGGCUCCCAGCACACAUAUGUCCCGCCUGGUCAACCAGUUCCUCAGGCGCAGUACCCUCCUCCACAACAGCCAUACCCAACAGGUGAUGGGCAGCCCCCUAUGCAGCCUUACCCACCACAACCUAUUCCACCAUAUCCUCCACAGGGAGCACCAUAUCUGGCUUCUGCUCCCCCAGAAGGUUACCCGGUUGAUGGCCAGAAGCCCCCACCCUACACGCAGGAAUACCAGCCUAAUGCUCCGCCGUCCUAGUUGCAAUGUGCAGCUCCUUCCUAGCUCUUUCAUAGGUUGACAUAGCUUGAGAAAUGGUAUAUUGGUAUACUCUUUGAGAAAAAUUGCUGUAAUUGCUAGAGACCUUGAUAAAUUGAUUUCACAAUACUUAAAGCAGUAAACAGUUUUGCUUGUUUGGAGAGGAAUAGCAUUUGAUAUGUGAUAUUCAUUGGAUAUCAUGUGGCAGCAUAAUCUGUAUUUAUUCUUUAACUGUUUACAGAUUACAUUAGUAGAUACUAGGUACAUAGGAUACAGAUGUAUUAUCUGUAACCAUUUUCCAGUAGCAAAAUCAUGUUUUUUUAUUGUGAAGGUAUUUAUCUACCUCUUGAAACUGCUCCAAGCUCUCUAAACUCACAUAAAAGCUAAAUUCACUAAGCAGUAUUUAGAUAAUCAGUGUACACAAAGAAUCACACACUAAGAAAAAAUAAGGUACUGUAGCCUUUAAAGGUUAAAAGGUAGAUAUUUUUUUUUUACAAACAAAUUUCUCAAUUUAUUAUUCACUACUAAUGCAGUGUAUGUAGAAACAUAAAUCACUAAGCAAAUUAACUUUACAUAUUCCUGUUGUAAAAUUUUGCAAUUUAUUUUUGAAACAUUUAGAGGAAAUGCAUAUUAGAAACAGAUGUGCUCAUCUGUUCACCCAAGCAUCAGUCAAGUUCUCCCAUUUGUAACUGCCCUCACAUCCUUGCUAUUAUAGCAAUUUAAUUUGUUACAAGUUUAAAAGUGCAAGUGUAAUUUUGCUUGUUUUUGUUGCUUGGGAAUUGGGAUUUUUGGUUGUUAGUAUAUAACCCUUGAAGGAUGAAAUAUAAUAAUUGUCUUUCUCAGGUAUGUGUGCACACAACAAAACACAAAGUUGUUCCAUAAAAAGUUCACACUAACCCAUUCAGACCUAAUGAUCUCUAAUCAUUUCACAGCAAAAACUUCAAUCAUGUUGGAUGAAGUUUAAUCACGGUUUGAACCUGCUGAAAUGAUGCCUAGGUGCCUAGCUGUGAACUGGUCAAUGUUCCACACACAGACUGGCUCAUGCUAAUGCACCUUAGCAUCACCACACUUUAGUAAAAAUUUUACCUAUUGUGUUUGAGUUGAAGCACAAGCAUGCACAUAGACACACACACGCACACAUGCACACGCGCACAUGCACACGCACACGCACACGCGCACUAACACAUACACAAACAAACUAACAAAUCCCAUCUUGCAUGCAUGCAUAUGCAGCCCUAAGGUUUGCCUUCCUAUAAGGGUUUAGAUGAAAUUAAGAAAAUAAAUAACUACUUAGAUGAAUGAAGAAAAUAGAAAAGUUAUUUUUUGUAGUGUGAUUUUGUUACUAUACAUUGUUAUGAUGAUACAUUUAUAGAUGUUUAUCCUGUGUCAUUUUCUUCAAGAUAUUAAAGAUUUAAUAUUUUUCACCAGUAAUGUAACUCUAUGCUAGUGUCACACAAUAAUUGAAAUGUCAAAUUACUUUAUAAAAGAAUUUCAUUAUUACACUAAUCCUACUUUCCUUAUGAUAAUGUGGUAGACUGCUUGUGUUGCAGUGCAGAAUAUUUCAAAGUAAAGUUGUUUAUAUUGACUUCAUAAUAGUAAUAUAGUUGACACUUAGCCCGAUUCUCACAUCUCCCUUUUCCCACGAUACCUCUUCAUUGCUCUUUUCACACACCUAAGUAUAUUUUCUGCAUGAGGAAUAUUCAUUAUAAGAAGAAACAUGUCAGAGAUGACUGCAAACUGAGGGUCUUAGUAGGCCAACAGUAUAUGAAAAACUUACUAGCAUGACUCUGAAGCUAGGGUAACCCCCCCCCCCCCACACACACACACAAAAGCUCUAUGCAACAAUGUAAUAGAAGGUUAUAGCUAAGAGUUAACAAUGCAAGACAGAACUCUACCAAGUUUGUAAUGAAAUUAAGAGUUACUGUAUGGAUGGCAAAGAAUGUACAUUUAUGACCCACUUUUCCACAGCAAAUUCACAUACAGGCAGUCUAAUGUGCAAGCAUGAAGCAGUUUUCAAAUAUUUUUUUUACAUAUGGAGCUUAAACUACAAAGUUGCAAAGUUAGCAAGUGUACUGUAUUACUCUUUCAAUGUAAUAAAUACAAAUGAGGCCAUUUCUUAUACUUCUGACAAGUACUCAUAGGUUAAGGUUUGGUUAUGAAAAUCAAUUAACAAAUAUUUUUAAAAAUUAUUGUCGUCCAUAUUUUAUAAACAUCUAUUUGUUUGAUAUAGAUUUCAAUAGUUAACAACUGAUAGUAUGAUAUCCUUUAGGAUUCAUAUGAUACUGAUAUGAACUUAAUUUUUGUAUGCUUGAUCAGGUUGUUAGCAGAAGGAGGUGCUUUUAGCUUGUUAUAAUAUGUACAUUAUUUUACAAUAAGAAGCUUCUUUUUUGUGUGAAUGCAUAGUGACACUAGAUAUUAAAAAGUAAGAUGUAUACCAAGGUUAUCGGCUUUACAAUCAACAUGAUACUUACAGUAAUUAAUCCUGUAAUAUUGUAAACAAAAACAAAAAUUUCUUGUUGUAUUACACUUAUUUAUAAACCCUGUCAUAUUGGUAUGGCCAUUCAGUUAAUGUAUUUGUUAUCAUUACAGAAUCAAGAAUGCAUGAUGGUAUUAUUGACUUUUUUCUUUUUCUUUUAAGGUAUCUAAUAACUUGUCACUUGUGUUCUUCCAUGGCAAGUUCUUUUGUGCACCAUUUCAGUCUGUCCUUCUGCCAAAUAAAGAAAAUGUUCUACA